AUGGUGGGUGCGGGAGCCACCUGCGUCAUCUUCAUUAUUGCAUCGCUAAUCUGCUUCCUCGGCACUAAGGAGAAGGAGACCUUCGAGGAGCCACUCACAGCAUUCUUCGGGGUCGUGCGAAAGAUACUCACUUAUCGGCCCUAUCUGCUGCUCAUGGGGGCCUUUCUCUUCAUGUCCCUGGGCAUUCAA